GUCGACCCUGGUUCCUCGUCGCACGCAUUCCUUUCCAGAUAACUGUCUUUGUCCAACAGGAGGUAAUUACUCGCGGGCAUAUCCACCCAACUUGAGUCAGUGGGAUUCUCGAUAAAUCCCUGUCACAGAAUCAGAAAUAUUCCCGAGGCUUAUGCGCGGUACCGACAAUCAGAAAGCUGCAUCCCCGAGGAAAGGUUGGAUCACGGUUUAUUGCGAUGGCGCCUGCAAGAACAAUGGCAAAGCGAACGCGAUAGCAGGGAUCGGCGUGUGGUGGGGCCCCAAGGACCACAGAAAUGCAGCUGAGCGAUGUCCAGGAGCCCAGACAAAUAAUCGCGCAGAACUCAUUGCUCUCAUCCGUGUAUUAGAGACCGUCCCGAGAAGUAAGACGCCUCUAAUGAUCAGGACUGAUUCGAAGUAUACCAUAGACUGCUUUCGGGAGUGGAUAGCAAAAUGGCGUAGAAACGGGUGGAAAACCUCCAAGGGCGAACCUGUCAAGAACGAAAGUAUCAUCCGAUAUCUUGACGCACUUCUCGCGGAGAGGAGUGCAUCGGGCCAGGAGAUCGAAUUGGAUUACGUCGCCGGACACAAAGGCCACGAAGGCAACGAAGGCGCAGAUCGACUGGCAAAUGAUGGAUGUCUUCUUCCCAAAGUUCUGGAUCAAGAUUGGAAUGCUUUGGAGGCUCAAACUCGACAGAGGACUGCCAAAUCUCGCUCCCUACUAGACGAUGUUGAUCCUGUCGACGCUGGUGCAGUCGUGGAGACGAUCCCAGGCGGGAGAUCAAUGCUGGCGAAAGGAAAGGAGAAGGCAGUAGAAUCCGAAACUGAGAUAACGAACAAUGCAAAGAUACAGACUCAGCCCAUCCCUAUUCCUCCUGUGCAGCUGAAAUGGGCGGCGUAUGAGCCCAUACCCGACAGUUGGCUACUUGAAAAUAGCCCCGGUCCAUCCCCCGCUUCAUCAGCAUCGGAUUCAUUCUCAUUCUCAUUCGGUUCGGCCUCCACCUCUUCGUCUAUACAUUCGUCGACAAAUGAAUCCCGACAUGAUUCUGAGUUCAAUGCUGUACGAGACUCUUUUGAGCCCGCCGUUGACGCGCUGACGGAAGAAGAGCUGCGGUCUUUUUUCCUGGAAGGCGACGACUUGACUAAGGAGUUGGACGGGGAUUGAUUAUGUUUCCAAUCAGUUCUAUGCAACUGAUUGACUCCUUCGGAUUUUUCACUGCUUGGGAUUCUCUUUCGCUACCAGUCUCUUUCGAAGAAAAGUGUUGAAGAGCACUAUUGAUUGGUACUGUUCUUAGCUUCAAAGUUAUGUUGGACAAGCAGUAACACAUACGCCGUUGAUCUCAGUACUAUCGAUGUCACGAUGACCGCCGCCAAACCGCCGCUCAGAUCUAUAUACGUGAUGCUACACCACCUGUAUGCUAGCCAACCUACAGACUUUUUUGCUCGU